AUGGACAAGCAACCGAACCGUCUGAAUGUUGCGGUCGUAGGAUCUGGCCUAGCUGGAUUGACGGCAGCAGCAAUGCUCCGCCAGCAUCAUGAUGUCACAAUCUACGAGCGAGGUGAUGUCCGCGUUGCGACCGGCGGCCAAGGCAUCAUCAUUUCCCCUGGGUCGACCAGACUACUCGAAUCGGUGGGCUUCGACCGCAAACGACCCGGCGCGGUACCGAUCGAUGGCUUCCGAGUCUACGACAUGUAUGGGAAACUGAUGGAACAGGCACCAAUGGGACUUCAAGAAGCCUUCGGCGACACCAUUCUAGCAAUGAAGCGGUCCGAGUUCCGAGAGGAGCUUUUGCGGCUGGCUUGCGGAGGCGACGCAGAGAGCGAGCCGGCCAGGCUGAUACUGCGUAGCAGAGUCACCGCCCUGGACGCCAGUGCGGGAAUGCUCACUCUUGAGGACGGGUCGCGGGUCGGCUUCGAUCUAGUGAUAGUGGCGGAUGGCAUUCAUUCCGUUUUGCGCGACACAAUCAUAGGCAACACGGAUUUCAAGGUCAGGAAGACAGGCUUGACCUGCUAUCGCGUGGACGCCCCUGAGGACUCAUUCCACAAAGCCGCUGCGGGCAGAGAGAGGCCAGAUUGGUGGACAUCUACCAUGGAAGCCAGCGGAUCAUCGUCGAUGAAUAUGUUGAUGGACACUAGUGGACGUGUCGCAGCAUUCUACCCGAUGCGGGAAAUGACUUGGGUUAACUUCUCAUGCGUGGUCAGGACGACCAACUCAACCAAGGAGACCACUGACUCGUGGUAUGCGGAUGGCAACGUCAAAAGCUUAUUGGCACACUUCGAGGGGUUCCCGGAUGUUUUGUGUCAAACACUGCGAACUGCAACGGAAUGCAAGGAGUGGGAGCUACAGGAGCUUGACGAGAUUCCCACCUGGGCCUGUAGGCGUGCGAUCAUGAUCGGAGACGCUGCUCACGCUAUGACUCCCGUCCAAGGCCAAGGAGCCAACAUGGCCGUGGAGGAUGGUGAUAGCCUGAGACUCUUUACGCCAGGCACGACUCGCGACGAGGUUCCUGCCAUUUUGCAGCUCAUCAGCGAUAUCCGCAGACACCGACUGGGACAGGUCUUGACUGAAAAUCGUCGGGUCAACACUGAGCUGACCUCGGUAACGGCGAAGGUAACGAGCAACAAGGAUUUCUAUUACAAUUACCAGGGUAUUCAGCAUGCAGCUGCCGCAUGGAAGAGGGCGAAUAAUAGGGCGGCGUGA